UCACCGUUGAGUAAGAGCACGCUGCUUCAUGUGUGCGUGAGAGAGGGAGAGUCAGAGAAAAGAAACUGCUUCUUCUGGAUUUUUUUUAAACAGAACCUCAGCUAACGUGUAUUCCUCUCCCCCUCUCUGUCUUCAUCGGGUGUUUUUUUGAGCAAACGAAGCCUUGGUUGGGGAACACAAUGGGGCAAACUGCCUGUGGCAACUGGGCCGUUGUGCUCCUGAGAGGGGGAGGGGGUAGAGAGCAGACCGGCGCACAGAGCUAGCACAGCUAGGUGGCCGCAGGCCUCUUCUGCCGCUCUCUCUCUCUUCUUUCCUCUCUAGCUCUUUCUCAUUGAAGCUACUUGAGCUAUAGGCUCUGUUUUUGGGAGGAUUCUUUCAGGACCGAAGGCGUUCGCCCCCUCAGGAUUAUCGUGGACUUCCUGUGGAUUAACAUGUAUUUGGCACAGUGGAUUUUGGGACAUGUUCAUUGGAGCUGGAGAUUUGAAAGCUAGUUCUUCUCAUGUUUUGGGAGUAGAGCAUUCCACACAAACUUUCUGCCUUCUCUUUUUUUUUGUUCCUUUUUGUCUUUCAGUUUCGUUUUCUGGUGACAGGAACUUAUAAAUGGAUUACAAAAUGCAUUCCAAGUCUAACGAUUUGCUGGAUUUUCAGACACUGGAUGCGCUUUUGGAAAAAAUUGCACAUUACUCAGCAGCUGUGAAAAGAGAUCCUAGUGAGGAGUGCAAUGGAAUCAGCGGUGCUCUCUCUGUGGAGCCCGCGCCUGGCUCGAAACUGAACGAGUGGUGUCCCGCGGCGUCUACUCCUGCCCCUGCACCCGCGCUCCAUCCUGCCAGCAUGGGGGACGGCCUGGACGCAGCGCAGAUGUCGGGGAGUAGCAGCAGUCAGGGGCAGCCCUCAUCCCAGCCCCCUGGUAUCCUCAAUCCCCCUCCCCCAGAGAUCAGCAACACUUCCCGACCAAAGCGCCAGACCAACCAGCUGCAAUACCUGCUGAAGGUGGUGUUGAAAACCCUGUGGAAGCACCAAUUCUCAUGGCCUUUCCAGGCUCCGGUAGAUGCUGUCAAGCUUAACCUGCCUGACUAUUACAAGAUAAUUAAAAACCCUAUGGACAUGGGAACAAUCAAGAAACGGCUAGAGAACAGUUUCUACUGGAAUGCCCAAGAAUGUAUUCAAGACUUCAACACCAUGUUUACCAACUGCUACAUUUACAAUAAGGCUGGGGAUGACAUAGUCUUAAUGGCUGAAGCACUGGAGAAACUGUUCCUCCAGAAGAUUUCAGAAAUGCCCCAAGAGGAGAAUGAGAUCACAGUCAUGACUCCCAAGGGUCGCGGCCGGGGCAGACGGACCGACACAGGGCUGAAUGUGAAGCCUGGGCCUGGCAUAGAUUCUCCGUCCACGACACCCCAAACACGUGGCCUUUCUAGUCUUGGACCAGGGCCGCAGACUAGAGGACCAGUCCAGGGCCCUCCCUCUCUACCCCUGCAACAGGCCAUGCCAGCUCUUCCCCCUCGAGUGCCCCCUACAAUUCCUACCCAUGCUCCACCGCUGGGUGCCCCCUUUUCUCUGCCAUCUACAGACUGCAGUCCUCAAGCCCCUAUUAUGACGUCGGUGCCUCCUCCCACAACCCAGACCGCCCUUCCACCCAUGCCCAUUCAACAGAGCACGGCUCCGGUUCUUCAGAACGUUAUGCCUAAACAGAGAAAAAGCCAGAAGAGGAAAGCAGACACCACAACUCCCACGGCAAACGACCAACUGAGUGAAUCCUCUCCCGCUGAGUCAAAGUCAGGGAAAACUCUGCCACGGCGGGAGAGUGCCCGGCCACCGAAACUCCCCAAGAAGGAGGCGCCAGACUCCCAGCACCACGUGGCCUUUGGAGUCCCUGGCGGGGCCCACAGCCCCAAACAGCAAGAGCAACUGCGCUACUGUGCAGGCAUCGUUAAGGAAAUGUUUGCUAAAAAACAUGCAGCGUAUGCAUGGCCUUUCUACAAACCUGUGGAUGUAGAGGCUUUGGGACUACAUGACUACCAUGACAUCAUUAAACACCCCAUGGACCUCACUACCAUCAAGGAGAAGCUGGACAGCAGACAGUACAGAGAUGCGCAGGAGUUUGCUGCAGAUGUUCGGUUAAUGUUCUCCAACUGCUACAAGUAUAACCCUCCAGACCAUGAGGUGGUGGCCAUGGCACGCAAGCUGCAGGAUGUGUUUGAAAUGCGAUUUGCUAAAAUGCCGGAUGAGCCUGAGGAGACCUUCACCCCUGCUCCUGCCCCCGUGCUGCACCCUGCUCCCCCUGUGAAGAGCCAGCCUCCCAUAGGUGUGGCCUCUUCCUCUGACAGCUCCAGCGACUCUUCCUCAGAGUCGGAUUCCUCCACAGAUGAUUCAGAAGAGGAGAGGGCUCAGAGGCUGGCUGAACUGAAGGAACAGUUAAAGGCAGUCCAUGAGCAGCUGGCAGCCCUGUCCCAACCCCAGGCCAGCAAACCAAAGAAGAAGGAGAAGGAAAAGAAGGAGAAGAAAAAGGAUAAGCACAAAAAGAAAGGAGCCAUGCCUGGGCUGGACGAGAUCCUUGAACCUCCUCCUGCUCUACAGCCGCAAAAGAAAAGCAAGAACAACAAGGACCCUCUGCCCAAGAAGACCAAGAAACCCAAUAAGAAGGAGGGCUUGAAGAACAACCGAUCCAUGCCACCACAAGGCACAGUUCCACCCAACCUGCAGCCUGUUCCAGGUCUGGACUCAGUGGAUGAUCUAGGUCUGGGUGGAGGCGCAGGACCAGCUGGCUUGGCACAGACAGAAAAAAGCAAGCCCAUGUCCUAUGAGGAAAAGAGGCAACUGAGUCUGGACAUCAACAAGUUGCCAGGAGACAAGCUGGGCCGUGUGGUUCACAUCAUUCAGUCCCGAGAGCCAUCACUUAAAAACUCCAACCCUGAUGAGAUAGAGAUUGACUUUGAGACGCUGAAGCCUUCAACGCUGCGUGAACUGGAGAGAUAUGUCUCAUCUUGCCUCCGCAAGAAGAAAAAGCCUCCGGUUGCAGAGAAGACCAUGGAAGCUAUGAGUGCUGCUAAAACAAAAGGCUCGUCCUCAGACUCGGGAAGCAGUAGUGAGUCUAGCACGUCGGACAGUGAAGACUCUGAGUCAGGAAUAGCCUCCAAACCGAAGAAGAGGGGUCACUCCAUGAAGGAGGGAAAGAAAUCCCAUCAUCAGAUGAUGGCUCCAGGCAUACCUCAGCCUCAGGUGCCCCUCCAGCCUCAAGCUCCAGUGCUUCAGCCCACGGCCCAGCUUAAACAGCAGCAGCAGCAGCAGCAUCCGUCUCCUGCUACGUACAUGGCCCCUUCUGUCACAGCGCUGGAGUCCUCCCAGCUGCUGGAGAAUACAUUUGACUCUCUACCCCACUUUGGCCCGCCCCUCAUGCACCUGUCCCACCACGCUAAUGACUCAUCUUCUCCUGCCCCGCCCCACCUCAAUGCUCAUCCGGCAGGUGGCCCCGGCUCACCUGAGACACACCCAUUUUUAAACCAGCACCCCAUCCUCCCAUCCCCAGCACUGCACAAUGCUAUGCCUCAGCAGCCUUCACGACCCAGUAACAGGGCUGCACCGCUACCUCCCAAACCUUCGCAGCCGACGACGACGCCCCAGCCACCUUCGCAACAGCAGCACCCACCCCAGCAGCCCCUGCAGUUACAGUCGCAGCAGACCCCACAGCCCCAGCACCACCUACCCCCGCCCCACCUCUUGCACCCGCCGCAGCCCCUCCGACAGAGACCCCUGUCACCUCCCACGCUCACCCCUCAGGGUCUGCUGUCCUCGCAGCCGCCACAGAUGCUGCUGGAGGACGAUGAGGAGCCUGUGCCCUCCAUGCCUCUCAACCAGGUCCAGCUUUACCUUCAACACCUGCAGCAGGGCCGCCAGCAGCAGCAGGGUGCGCUCAUGCAGUCCCUGCAGGGCCGCCAGCAGCAGUCCAGCCAGGCUUCCCUCCUGCAGACGGUGCAGGUUCAAUCACAGCUGGGCCCACAGACCUCACUUGCCACACCACAGCUGCCUGUCCAGACCCAGCCUCAGCCCACACCGUCGCACCAGCCCCCCCCCCAGAUCCCCCAGCACCAGCCCAGACACAUGCAGCAUGCCCCACAGACACAGACCCAGCAGCAGCAGCUUGCUUACUCCCAAGGCCCUGUGCAGACCACGCAAACCCAGCCUGCGCAACACAAGGUGUCCAUGACCCCCACUAAAGCACAGCAGCAAAUUAUUCAGCAGCAGCAACAGCAUCCCUCUCCACGUCAACACAAGCCCGAUUCAUAUAGCACGGGCAAAAGUUGUCCACCACUUCUACAACUUCACCAUCAGUGGCAAAGGCACAUGAGGGAGAACCCUUCGCCUCUAAUGAUGCAUUCCCCUCAAAUCUCCCAGUAUCCUCCUGUUGUCCACGAAUCGCCUUCUCAUAACCUGCAGCCCAAAAAGGAGCCACAGCAGCAGGGGCCUCCAGCUCUCGGGGCUUUGAAAGAGGAGAAGCAGCCUCCCUCUCCUGUGAUACGGACAGAGUCUUUCAGCCCAGCCAUGCGACCGGAACCACACAAACAGCCUGAGAGCAAGCCCCAUGUGCCACCUCACAGUCAGCAGAGGCCAGAUAUGAAGCCACUGGAGAGUUCACGCCCUGUCAUCCGCUCCUCAGACCAGAGCGGCCCAUCACCAUCCAUGCAUGAAAAAGACAAAUUCAAACAGGAGCCCAAAACACCUGUGGCCCCUAAAAAGGUACAGGAUGUGAAGCUGAAGAAUAUGGGCUCGUGGGCUAGCCUGGCGCAGAAGUCCACCUCCACGCCCUCGUCUGCAGUGAAGUCAAGCAGUGACAGUUUUGAGCAGUUCCGGCGUGCAGCUCGAGAGAAGGAGGAGAGGGAGAAAGCACUAAAGGCCCAGGCAGAGCAGGCUGAAAAGGACCGACAGCGCAGAGAGCAGGAGAAACAACGCGGUCGGGAUGAGGAAGACUCGAUGGAGCCAGUGCGAAGGCCCCAUGAGGAGCCACGCAGACGCUCUGAGCACCCACAGGCCCCUCAGCAGCAGCACCAGGCCCCAACACAAGCCCCUAACCCUCCGGCCCAACCCCCGUCAGCACCACAGCCCUCGCAGGCCCCCGCCCAGUCCCCGGCCUCCAGCCAGAGUGCACUCGAUCAGCAGAGAGAGAUGGCACGUCGCCGGGAACAGGAGAGGCGGAGGAGAGAGGCGAUGGCAGCUACCAUUGACAUGAAUUUCCAAAGUGAUUUGAUGGCUAUUUUCGAGGAGAACUUGUUUUGAAAUGCACGAGGAGGCAAAAGAGACUGCAAAAAUGAUGUAAUGGAUUCCUCUGCAUAGAGAACAUGGACUGGUGAAGCGGUAAGGGAAUAAAAGACCCCAACUGACCAUGAGAAACACUGAAGAGGCAGGGAUGGCAUUAUGUAAGCUGAGGGCUUGACAGGAAGCCUCUGUAGCUUUCUUGUUGCCUUAGCAGAAAAGAGGGACCCUCAAGCUGGGACAUCAUUGUCUCUCUGGCAUUCCUCCUGGAUUUAAACCUGUAACGGUAGCAGGAAGGAUAGGACUUCUCAUGGGGCACUAGUUUGAAACAAUGGGAGCAAAUGGACGGACUUGAUUAGUGGAGGAAUAUCUUAAGCGACAACAGUUUAAAUGUACUGAUUACCCGUAGUGUGGCGUUCAUCAACUGCCAGAUGUCUAAGGGGUAUUGCUUUUUUUUUUUUUUCUUUCACAAUUUUGACUUUUUUUUUUUUUUUUUUCCUUUAAAUUUUUUGCUUUUCCCUUUUUUGUUUUCUUUCUUUUUUUUAAGAACACAUGCAAGCAAGCAACAAGAUCGGUUGUGACCCAACUCAAGAUCAUCAUGUAAUAUCUCAGGAGAGGAGGUACAGCUUGCCUUAUGCCUCUGACCUGUAGACUCAAACAUCACAGUACAUGAUAUUCACUGACCUGGGGUUUGAACAAAACAGCGAAACACAAGCCGAAGUGUUAUUACAGAUUGUUCAUUAUGUAGGAUACUACUGUAAAAAAGGUAUUUUCUUAAUGAUUACUGUUAAUUAUAUUCCUUUUGUUUUCUUUUUGUUUUUUUUUAACCCUCUUACCAACACUUAACCCCCUGUGAUGUCUAUGCCAAACAACUUUUUCCUUUUAUGCUGAAGUCCUAAACCUGAAAUGCUUCAUUUAACUUGUCUUUUUCAUAAUAUAUAAAUAUAUUUUCUUGUUCUCUCCACCCAACAUGAAAGUUUAGGUAGCCUUGUAGUAGAUAAACCUAAUAUAUGCAUUACUCCAACAAUUGUUAAUUGAAGACAGAAUCGUUUACGGUAUACUUUUAAUCCUUCUCCAUUUCAUUUAAAGUUGAUGCAGAGUUAUGCUGUAUGGGGGGGAUAUACACCUUUUCUCAGUAUCCUUCAGUUCGAGUAUAAUUUGAAAGCAUACAGUAACCGCUUUCUGUGUAUUAUACUUAUAGAAAGAAGUUGACGUAUUGUCCGUAACUGGUUCAUGCUACUGCAUAUUAGAAGCGGCAUAAGCAGCGGCCAAGCGAGCGCUCGGCUCUUCGGGAACACCGCGGAGAGGGCGGGGCCAGAGCGCACCUCUCAACUGUUGUUUUUUUUUUUUUUUUUUUCCCCUCCCCGUUUGUUUGUGUUCUUUUUGCAUGGCUCCUGUUUUUUCUUUCGCACAUCAUUUUUGAAAACCAAUCAGAGGGGACUGUACGCUGUUCUAGAUAUAACGAUUACAUUAAGAUUUGAAACAAAAAAAAAAUCAAACUUCUGAUUUUAUAUCAUUGUUCUUGUUCAAUUAUAGUGGAUGUGAGUUCUAAUUAUGUUAUUUGAGUCGGCAAAAGGGGUGCGGGAGGGUUUGGGUGGGUGUGGGCACAGUUUGAGACCUUUGCGGGGGUCCUCUGAGUUUUCUCCUAUGGUGUUUUCUCCAGUGCCUGUAUUGUAUUGCGAUUCUAGUUGGCAUAUAUUACGUUCUAGGGAGGGCAAGGGAGGGGUCGAAAGUUUUGGGAGGGAGAACUUGGGGUUUAGGGAAGAGCUUGUGUAAAAAGCAAAAUUAAAAAAAAAAACAACAAAAAAAAAACAAAAAAAAAUUUUACAAAAAAUAGACAAAAAAAGGAAAGUCAACAUUUUAUAUUCUACCCAUUUACAAUAUUCAGGUUUAAAUCUAGUUUUAGCUGGACUUCUUAACUAUUCACCAGGCAGUUAAGUUUUCUUCAUUUUUCUUGAACCUGUUUUAAAAGGACAUGUCAGAGCAGCCACAUACUCAUUAUUCUGUAUGAAUGGAUAGUUGGAUGUGUGUGUAUGUAUGUAUGUGUGUCAGUAUGGUCUUCAGUAUGUGGCACAGGGAAGUGUGCUCCUCCCGGGAGCUUCCAGAAACAAUUAACAAGAAAAGUUGCUUUGCUAACACUUUUUUUUUCCCCCCUCAAUGAAGUCCACAUAUAUAAAUAUAUAUAAUUUUUUUUUCGUUAAUUCGGUUUGUAAAAGCUGAACGAAGAAACGCUUCAUUCCUUCAAGCCUUUAAAUGUAUUCUUUUGUUUUCCUUGGUAACAUUUGGACAUUAUGUGCCAUAGAUACGAAUUCUCCAGAGAAUGUGCUGACCUGCAGCUCAGCCGAGAGUUUGCUUUAUUCAGGUAUUUUUUUUUUUCUCCUUUUUUUUCCUUUUUUUUGGGUUUUGUUAAGCAUUUUCCUCGAUUACUGUUUGGUAUGUGAGUGAGCUAUCGAGGUCAAUGAUUCACUCUGUUAUGAUCAUGAUAUAAACUCAUCUCUUUUAUAGAAAAUUAAAAGGAAACAAAAAAUGC